AUGUCGCCUUUGGAUUGGGUGAGCGUCGGUGCAGCUGCUUGCCGGGAUGGCGUGCCAACGAUGAUGGGCGCUGCUGGCAUGCAGGGUGUCUGCAAAGCUCAUCUCCAAGCAGGAGACCACAUCUAUGCCUGGAAGCUGGGUUGGACAUACAACCUCCACGGCAUAGUUGUGCAUACGCAACCUUGCAAAGAUGACUGCCUCCACGACACGCUCGGUUGCUGUGCUGUCGUGCGUUUCAAGCUACCGGGAGCCGAGCCUGGACGAAUCGAGCUGUGCUCUUUGGCAGCUUUUGCCCAAGGUCGGGAAGUUCACAGGUGCCGCUAUGGUGUAACGCAGGGCCAGUACUUGCUCUACAGAUCUGGAACAUGCUCGACCCAAUCGGAAGAUCCAAGGCCUCUUUCAGUGUUGCGGGCCUUGAGCGUUGUCGACCUUGGCUUGGGCGGAGGCAAUGAGGUGGAGUACAAUCUCCUGGUCAAGAACAGUGAGCUACUAGCUCGCUGGUGCAAGCUAGGGGAAGCUUCUGGCGUGCGCAGAUUUCUUUCGGCGGAGACGGCGCGAUCCCUGCAGACUUCGCUUGGCCGCUUUGCUCGCUUGGGGCUCGUGGCCACGGCGGCCACUGGCGCCGUGGCAGUGGCCGUGGCCAAGGGCGCAGUCAGCACAGGAGCGUUGGCAGAUGUGGCUGUAGCCGGGUCCACAGCCGGAUCCACAGUGGUGCAUGUGAGAAGUGCUAUCUCUCGGCUUGCAAUGGACGCGCUGCGGACACCCAGCCGAGCGCAACAAGCACUGAGUCACGCAAGGGAUGCUGCAGAAUGGACAGGACUCACGCGAGCCUUGAAGCUCGAUGGCAAGGACCUGGCAGCUGGCAGAUUCCAUGAUCCCAUGUUCAAGCAGCAUAUGCCGAAAGCCGAGGUUACAGGCACUUGGCAGAGAUCUUGGUGGACGUCUUGGAAGCCGGCAGUCCGCGUGAUGCCCGGCACUGCGCCGAGCUCGUGGACAGCUUCUUCAAGAUCUGGGAACGCGACGGUGUUCAGUCCUGAUGGCGGCUUUAGAGCAGCUCGUGGCCAUGCUGGCCCCCAAACAUGGGAGGAGAUCGUCCAGGCCGCAUUAUCCUGGAAGGAUGUGGCCGACUCUGAACUUUUCAUAGCUGUGCAUGUGUUCUCAAUGUUGUCCUGGGCGCCAAUGUGCGCCUUUCGAACCUGCCACGCCGUCACGGCGAACGCUUUCGAGCUGUGGGCUGCACAGCCACAGCCUCAUGUUGCCCUCAGCUGGGUGCGGGUACCCAUCAACAGGCAGAGCGACUGCCUGCGCUUCUUGGGCCAGCAUUGUCGCAACGCUCGACAGCUGACCAUUUGUGACACCCCUCGCUUCGGUGAGCGGCAGCUACUUCGUUUGGUUUGCGGGAUGCGCUUCCUGGAGUCUUUAGAGGUGGAUGGCUCCUCGUUUGGAGGGGAUUUCCCAGAACCACAGAGACUCCUGGACCGACUCGCCAAGUACUGCCCGCGCUUGCAGCACCUGGCACUCAGCUUCCGGCCGGAGAAUCCGUCAUGUCGGACUUCGUUGGAGUUGAGAGCCCUGGCAUGGUUGGGCCGGCGCCUGCUUACGUUGGACCUUGGAGCAGUCGCCAUUCGAGUUUGGGGUGGCACGCGCACCAUCGCUGCGUGCUGCCCACUGCUGCAACGUCUUUGUGCCCAGCUGUGCCAGCAGUCUGAUCCCGCAGAUGCAUCAGAUCCUGUUGACAUCGCCCGCGGUUGCAACGACAUCCAGGACUUGGAUCUUGCACCCGUGGAUUGGGGGAACAAAGUCCUGGAGGACUUCGCCACACAGGCUUGGACUUGGCGAAAUGUCAAAAGAGGUUACAUUCGGUUCCACACCUCCCUGCCGAAAAGUAGCCUCGGCAAUCCUUCAAACAGGCUUCCUGAAGAAGCCAAGAUGCUUAGAACCAUUCAAUCCUUGCAUUCAAUCCUUGCUGCAGAAAGGUGUGGUAUGCAAACGCUUGAAGAGCUCCAGGGAUUGUUUCUAGUUUUGCGAAUCAGGGACUGCCUUCGUGAGGUCGUGCCAGUCGCACAACAUAAUUCGGCUAGCUACGACAUCUACAAUCUACAAUCUACAACUGCAAGAGACUCGGCGUGA